AUUUAUAAAUCUUAUAUUAAUCCUUUUUUUAUAUCUUUCAAAGACCAGAUACUGAUUUUGAAUACUCUUCAAUUAUUUCAAGCUGAGAUUAUUAUUUUUAAUAUAAUUACUCUAGAAGAAAUAAUAUUUAUUCCAGUUAUUAUAUUUUUAAUAAAUACUUUUGAAUUUUUAUAUUUUUCUCAGUUAUAUAAUUUUAUUUUCCUUUAUUUACUAAAAGUAUUCAAUCUCAAACUUUAUAGAUUAAAUAUAUAUUAA